CAAUGACCCGCUCAACUCACCAGAAGGAGGAACAGAUUCAACAGAAGUGAAGGCGCAAAACCCCUGCGCUAGCAUCUCUGGCUAGUAGUCAUAAUCUUACAGACAUUAUGGACUGGAGUCAGACCUGGUUGAGUCCAGCGGUUCGGGACUCCGAAGUGACCCGGGCCGCCCGCAGAAAGAGUUCACACAAAAAAGUGGCAUUUCCUCUGGCACAGGAUGGCACUCCUGGCCCCAGCACAAACCCUUCUAGAACACUACUGUGCCAAACACCCGGAUCCCUCCUCAAACAGACAUUCACACCCAGAAGUGCCCUGAGAAACCCGGAUGUGUCGGCCAUCCUCGGGACAGGAAGCAGGACUCCUCGCUUCGUAAACACGCCUCGUGGCAAAGGCAGUCUGAGCAUGAACUUGGAUGACAGUGACUGGACAAACAGUCUCUUCCCGUCUCCUCAAUCUGGACUGGUGGACACAAGCUUCACUGAUGAUGUCAGCAUGAGCGCACUCAUGCUGAAGGAAGAUGAUCCAGGAGAGGCUGCCUGUCUCAGUCUGUUUCCAGAUUUCCUGCAGUCAUAUUUGCAUCAUGCGUCCACAGCUGUGUUUGAUCUAUUAGAGGACUAUGAGGCUCUUUGUCAGGAUAAGGUUAGUACGUUGCAGAAGCUGGUUCUCCGAUCAGCCCCUGGCCAGCAGAAAUCCUCCAAGACCGUCAGCAUCACCUGGUUACUGCAGCAAGAGAUGGUGACCUGGAGACUCAUCACUUCCUUGUACAGAGACAGAGUCCAGACAGUAUUAGAGGAAGACAUCAUGAUGGACAUAACUGCCCCCAGUGAGAGUGAGAAAACAGUAAUGGAGCAAUUCUUCCAGAAAGACAGUAUGGUGCGACAGAGCCAGCUGGUGGUGGACUGGUUGGAGAGUAUUGCUAAAGAUGAAGUAGGAGACUUUUCUGAUAACAUUGAAUACUACGCCAAAUCUGUAUACUGGGAGAACACCCUCCACACCCUAAAGCUGAGGAGGAAUCAGUCAAGCAGUGGUUUCAGCAGGCCUCUGGUGACAGAACUGGAUCCUGACGCUCCCAUCAGACAGAAGAGACCACUAGCAGACCUGGACAGAGAGGACGACACCCGCCUGCUCAAAAACCUCUUUAACCUCGUACGAGCUGGAAUGACAGAUGAGGCUCAGAGGCUGUGUAAGCGCUGUGGUCAGGCCUGGCGUGCUGCCACUCUGGAAGGCUGGAAACUGUACCAUGACCCCAACAUCAACGGAGGAGGUGGAGAGCUGCAGCCGGUGGAGGGAAAUCCGCAUCGGAGUGUUUGGAAGGUCUGCUGUUGGAGAAUGGCAGAGGAGGAGCAGUUCAACAAAUAUGAAAGAGCCAUCUAUGCUGUGCUCAGUGGAAACCUCAAACAGUUGUUACCCGUGUGUGAGUCAUGGGAGGACACAGUGUGGGCGUAUUUCCGGGUGAUGGUGGACACGCUAGUGGAGCAGGAGAUCUGUUCCUCUGGUCUGGGCAGUGAAGAACUGGAGGAGCUGCCCAGAGAAUACCUGGAGACCAAUUGGACAUUGGAGAAAGUUUUUGAUGAGCUUCAAGCAACAGAAUCCAAAAGGGUUCUGGAGGCAACCAAGGAGCAUUACCACAUAAUCCAGAAGUUUGUCAUUCUUGGAGAUCUUGAUGGUCUUCUGGAGGAGUUCAGUGAUUGGUUGGGAAGGAGUCCAUCUUUGCCAGCUCACCUUUUGCGCUUCAUGUCACACUUAGUGUUGUUUUAUCGCAGUUUGGGCAUGCAAAUCAAGGAGGAGGUGUGUGUAGAUGUGGUGAAGGCCUACAUCUCUCUGUUGGUGAAGGAGAAGCAGGUGGAUCUCAUUGCGUUCUAUGUCAGUCACCUCCCAGCAGACAUGAGCGUGUCGCAGUAUGCUCAGUUUCUGGAGGAAGUCACAGAGACGGAGCAGCGCAAACACUGUCUGGAGCUGGCAACACAAGCAGGUUUGGAUGUGGCAGCAAUCACAAAGACAGUGGUAGAGACCAUCAGAGAGAGACACACAGAUGAGUUUGCUCACCAUGACCUGACCCCUGCACUGGACACUGCAACUACUGCGGAGGAUCAGCAGAAGAUCGAUGUCAUUGAUUGGUUGGUGUUUGACCCCGCCCAGCGUGCUGAAGCCCUCAAGCAGAGCAAUGCUAUCAUGAGGAAGUUCUUAGCAUCCAAGAAGAAUGAUGCCGCUAAGAUGGUCUUCGCCAAAGUGCCAGAAGAUUCCAUGCGGGAGAUCUACCGCCAGUGGGAGGAGCAGGGCAUGGAUACGCCUCUCCCUGCUGAGGAGGAAAAUGCUAUUCGCGAGCACCUCUGUAUCCGCGCAUAUCUGGAAGCUCAUGAAGCCUUUAAUGAGUGGUUCAAGCAUAUGAACUGUCCUCCCAUGAAACCCACGCCUCCUGCUCAAGCAAAGUUUACAGAGAAGGUGGCCCAUGAGAUGAAAGAGGCAGAGUACAAGAUCGAGUAUGAGAACUGGCAGGGCCGUCUCGGAGCGUUGACGGAUGAUGUGAAGGAGCGGAUCUAUAACGUGCUGCUGUUUGUGGAUGGAGGCUGGAUGGUGGAUGUCAGAGUGGACGCAGAGGAAGACUCAGAGCGCACUCAUCAGAUGGCUCUGCUGCGGCGUUUGUGUUUGCCCAUGAUGACAUUCCUUCUGUUAACCGUACUGCAGCGCACUGAACGCCACCAGGAGAGUCUGCGUCUGGCUGACAUCAUCGCGUCUGACCAACACAGACUUUACGAGGUGUUCUCUAAAGAAGAGCUGCAGAAGUUUCUCCAUAAGUUGAGGGAGUCCUCUCUACUCCUGUUGGAUAAAGGCUUGGAUCCACUUGGAUAUGAGAUUCAGCCCUAGACACUUGUUUUCUCAUGCUGUUCUUGUCAGUAAUGCUGUUUGGAAAAUUAGAAGUGUUGUAUUUUGUAUUUGAAUAAAGAUUUGUGAAUUGUUUAGAA